AUGGAUAUGCGGUCCCCGACUAAGCCAAAAGAAGUGCAAAGGUUGACAGGAUGUGUCGCCACCGUAAAUAGGUUUAUAUCAAAAGCGACUGACAAAUGCAUCCCUUUCUUCGACGUUUUAAAAGGAAACAGGCGCUUUGAGUGGACGCCACAAUGUGAAGAGGCCUUCCAGAAGUUGAAGGAGCAUUUGGGCCAGUCCCCGAUUCUGUCAAAAGCAAACCAGAGCGAGGAGCUCAGCUUAUACCUCUCUGUGUCCCAACAUGCUGUAAGCUCCGUAUUAGUAAGAGACGUAGAAAGGGUGCAAUUACCGAUCUACUAUGUGAGCAAAAGGCUCCUCGACGCCGAGUCAAGAUACGGUGAAAUGGAGUGCCUAGCCCUCGCCUUGAUGGUGGCUUCAAGGAAGCUCCGGCACUACUUCCAGUCUCACACAAUACGAGUUCUCACAAAUCACCCCCUGAGACAGGCUCUACAAAAGCCCGAAACUUCCGGUCGACUCCUCAAAUGGUCAGUAGAGUUGAUUCAGUUCGACAUAAAAUAUGUGCCAAGAGCUGCAAUCAAAGGCCAAGCGCUCGCCAAUUUCCUGGCUGAAUUCUCUCAUAGACCAGCUCACGCCACAUCUGGAGAAGUCGAGGUUACAAAAUGGAAGCUCUACGUGGAUGGGGCGUCGAGCGAAAACGGGUCAGGCGCCGGCAUCUUGUUAAUCAGCCCCGAAGGCCACAAGAUUACCUCGGCGGUUCGAUUUAACUUCAAGGCGUCGAACAAUGAGGCAGAGUACGAAGCACUAAUUGCUGGUCUACGAUUAGCCAGCCACUUGAAGGUCGAAAGGCUCAGAGUCUUCAGCGAUUCUCAAUUGGUUGUCGCACAAGUAAAAGAAGAAUACCAAGCGCGCGGCAAGAAGAUGGGAGCAUACUUAAGAAAGGCAAAGGAAGAACUCGUUAAGUUCAAAAGCUACGAGAUGCUUCAAAUACCACAAACCGAAAAUGCAAACGCCGACGCCCUGGCAAAACUAGCUUCUUCAAGGGAUUCCGACAUACUAGGGGUCGUCCCCAUCGAAGAAUUAGAGUGGCCCACCAUUGAAGAACAGGCUGAGGCACUAAUCGUCCAAACAGGUGGAAAUUGGAUGAUGCCGCUCAUCCAAUACUUAAUGGACGCGCGCCUGCCAGACAAUAAAGAUGAAGCCAGACGGGUCAGGUAUAGAGCCGCUAGGUACUUACUGUAUGACAGCUUGCUCUACCGACGAGGCUAUUCUACACCUCUACAACAGUGCCUGGAUAACACCGAAGCCCAGAAGGUCCUCCAAGAAAUCCAUGAAGGAGUUUGUGGUAAUCACACUAGGGGGCAGUCUUUGGCUCUAAAGGUUUUAAGGCAAGGAUACUACUGGCCCACGCUAAAAAAGGACGCUUUUCAAUACGCCCGAUGCUACGAUAAAUGCCAAAGGUACGCCACAAUUCCUAGAGCACCCCCGGAAAAUUUAACCUCAAUUCUCAGUCCAUGGCCAUUCGCCAAAUGGGGGGUUGACCUGAUUGGGCCAUUACAUGUUGCCCCCGGAGGAUUCAAGUUUGCAAUCAUUGCGGUAGACUACUACAUGAAGUGGGCGGAGGCAAAGGCCCUAACUACAACCACGGAAGCAACCUGCACCAAGUUCAUGUGGGACAACAUCGUGUGCAGGUUCGGGGUUCCCCAAUCAAUAGUAUCCGACAAUGAAAAGUAA